CGUCCGGCGCGAGGUCACCGCGAUGGCGGCGGCGCGAGCGCGGCGGGCGGGAGCCUCGCUGCUCUCGGCUGUAGUCCGGCACAGGAGCUCCCAGAGCUCAUCCCCACAGGCAGGACUUGUUGCCAAAACUUCCCUGACUUCGCCCCCAUGGCCUGAAGUGAAACUUCCAGAUCCAGUGGAAGAAGCCAAGUAUCAUGCAGCAGAGGUGGUGCAGAAGGUGAACGGGCUGAUCGCCGCGGGACACUACGGGCGCCUCUUCGCCGUCGUGCACUUCGCCAGCAAGCAGUGGAAAAUCACCAGUGAGGACCUCAUCAUGAUGGACAAUGUCCUGGAGGCCGAGUGUGGAGACCGGAUCCGCAUGGAAAAGGUUUUGCUGGUUGGUGCUGAUGACUUCACGCUCAUUGGAAGGCCGCUGCUGGGGAAGGACCUGGUCCGUGUGGAGGCCACGGUGAUCGAGAAGACGGAGUCGUGGCCCAAGGUCAACAUGCGCUUCUGGAGGAGGCACAGCUUCCAGAGGAAGAAAAUCAUUGCAAACCCCCAGACCGUCCUCAGGAUCAACACCAUCGAGAUCUACCCCUGCUUGUCCUGACUGGGGAGGUGUUGUGGGAAUCACUGCUGCUCCAGGCAAUUGUGGAAAUAAAGCUGCCUCAGCACUGGGAAGUUCUGGACUUCUUGUGGUGGUGGGAAAUGGAAAUCUCUAUGUGCUUUCUUUUUAAAAUAAUGAAAUAUUUUUUAAACUGUUGCUUCAGCCUUGCUGGUGUUUAUUUGCCAGGAGUUUUAAACUACCCAGGAUCCAUUGCUGGUUAUCCAGCCUUUUCAUGCCUAAUGGAUUUUUUUGCCUCCACACCUCCUGAAUUUUAGGAAUUCUGGUCAUGUAAUUUCUGGCAUUGUGAGGCUCCAGGGAAUAUCCUGGGGCACAGCCCGUGGGACUGAAGAGGGCAGUGGAACCAGGUGACUGCAGGGUCUCAAAGCUACUCCCAGAUCGUGCCAGGGGGUGAAAAUCCUUCUUAACCAUUAGCACUGGGAAGUGGAGAUGAAAAAUUCCCCUCUUGAAGGUGAGCAGCAAUAAAUUGUGCGUGUGUGUUCAACACCAUCAAAAUGAGACACUGGUGGCUCAGGAGAGACUUGGUGCUUAUUUCAGAGCUGAGUUUUGACCUGCUGAGUGUAUUCCAUGUCUAGAUCCUGUUUUUUUCCCCUCUUUUGUGGCUGCACAUUGAGCACUGUCCUUUCCUGAGCAGCACAUACAAGGCCAGGUGGAUCCAGCUGAGGUCUGUUGGUGUUUCUGGGCUGGAUAUCCACCAGGAGGAGAGUUUC